CAAAAUUGAUAAUGGGACUCAUCAGUCUUCCCCUUACUGAAGAGCUUUGUGAUACUUUUCGAGAUGAAGGAACCUCUUAUUCACUUGCUACAUGAAGAACAGGUUAGACUGUUUAAAGAAUUCUUAGUUUGUUUCAUCAAGCCCGAUGUUGUGCAGGGGGCCAAAUCAUCAUCAAGGUUGAAGAAACUGGAUAUUUCAAGCCAAAACAAUCAGUUAAAUGCAGAAAACAUGUUUCUUGGGGUGAAGGCACAGUCAGUGGUCAUAAAAUCAACCAAGAAGGAUUAUGUUGUCAAAGGCUUUCUGAAACAAGUUGGUGAUGACUACACACUCUGUGGCAAGGUGUUGCAGGAUAAGUUACCUUUAACCAACCCACUCCUUCAAUCACUGGGGGCUAUCCAUCCAGAGACCAGGGGCCAUUCUCAGACUUUGUCAUAUAUGCAGAAGCUUCCUACAUAUGCCACCACUGUACUCAAUGAAGCUGAGGCUGAGGAAUAUGACCAAGAAAUCAGGAAGUUUCAUAUUGACAAUUCACUUCCAGAGAUAGAAGAUACCAGAAUAGAUCAUUGGUGGGGAAAAGAUGAAGUUGCUCAGAAAUAUCCUAACCUCUCAAAACUGGUAUACAGGCUUUACUUAGCUGUUUCCAUGGUCCUCAGGUGGAAUCAUCUUUCAAUGUCAUGAAUGAUGUUAUAGACAACAAGUCUGGAAGAUUGAAUCUGGAGACCUACAGUGCCAUACAGACUAUUAAAUACAGACUUAGUGCUGAUGAAAAAACAGCCAUUCAGUUUUUUCACAAGAAGGAUUAUAUGCAUGAAAGUGUGGACAAAAUACUUUGCAAAAAUAUGAACAGUUCCAACAAGGAAUAUAAAGCUGAUCUAGAUAAGAAAAAGUU